AAACUGAAAACUUCUAAUCUUAUAGUGUUUAAAUAGCUACACUCACCCAAAAAUGGCCACCGCAGCCACGGUCGCCGCUGCAUUGUUUGCUUCACGGCUCUGGUGCUCCACUCCCAUCGACUCUACUUUCCUCUUAGCUCGGCAGCUCCAUCGCCCUCUUCUACCCUUGACUCGGCGUUUCUGUCGCCGGUACUCCAUGGCUCGCUCUCUCACAACCCAUGCCACCCUAGGCCUUACCAAGCCAGCCGUCGUCAAUUUUCCUCUGAUCACAUUCUCUGCAAAGGACAUUGAUAUCGCUGAAUGGAAGGGAGAUGUGCUUGCAGUUGCUGUCUCAGAGAAAGAUAUGUCCAAGGGUUCAGAUUCCAAAUUUGAGAACCUUAUUUUAAAAAUGUUAGAUGACAAACUGGGUGGCCUUCUAUCAGAGUCUUCCACUGAGGAGGAUUUCAAAGGAAAGUCAGGGCAGUCAACUGUUCUCAGAUUACAUGGUUUAGGGUUUAAGAGGUUGAGUUUGGUGGGGUUUGGGCCAUAUUCUCCUUCCUCAGCAACAACUGCAUAUAAAAGCAUUGGUGAGACUGUUGCAGCAGUUGCAAAGGCUGCCCAGGCAUCAAAUGCUGCCAUUGUGCUGGCAUCUAAACCCUCAGAAGACUUCAAAGUGUAUGCUGCUUCAGCAAUUGCUUCAGGAACUGUUUUGGGUUUGUACGAAGACAACAGAUUCAAGUCUGAAUCUAAAAAAGCUUUGCUCAAAUCUGUGGAUAUUAUUGGUUUGGGUUCUGGAGCUGAAAUAGACGAGAAACUCAAGUAUGCUAACAAUAUUUGCUCUGGAGUAAUUUUUGGGAAAGAGCUUGUUAAUGCUCCAGCCAAUGUACUUACUCCUGGUGUACUAGCAGAAGAAGCUUCAAAAAUUGCCUUAUCAUACGGUGAUGUUUUUACUGCAAAGAUAUUUGAUGCGGAGCAGUGUAAAGAGAUGAAGAUGGGUUCAUACUUGGCAGUUGCUGCUGCAUCAUCAAACCCACCACAUUUUAUUCAUCUGUGCUAUAAACCGCCUGAUGGUAAUGUGAAGAUCAAGUUAGCAAUAGUUGGCAAGGGAUUAACAUUUGAUAGUGGUGGCUAUAACAUUAAGGCAGGACCAGGAUCUUCCAUAGAACUAAUGAAGUUUGAUAUGGGUGGAUCUGCUGCAACCUUUGGUGCAGCAAAAGCCAUAGGUCAAAUUAAACCCCCGGGAGUGGAGGUUCAUUUCAUUGUUGCUGCUUGUGAAAAUAUGAUUAGUGGCACUGGCAUGAGACCAGGUGAUAUAGUUACAGCUUCUAAUGGGAAAACAAUAGAGGUAGGCUUUCUGCUUUGAAAGUAAAUGAAUGUUGAUCCCUUGAAC